AUGAUGGCGCCUUCACACAUCCUGGAGAUUCCCAGGCCCAAGAUGGACGAGACUGACUCUGGCUCGCAGACGUUCCUCCAGAAAAUGUCGCUUCGCACAGGGGCAGAAAUCAUCACCUUCCUACAAGUCAUCAACAAAGCCUCUGGCGUCUAUGGCCUCCUCGCGCUGCUCACGGGGGCCAAAAUCGACGGCUGGCAGCUGUCCAUGUACCUUUAUUCGACUUUCGCGCUCAUCGCUACGACGUUCCUGUACAAGCACAUCCGGUUACAAAGUCCUUUUGAGUCGGUACUACUGGCGCAUCUGUAUGCGCUUGACUCGGUCAUCAACGCGUUGUACACAGCCUUCUUCGGCAUCGCAUGGUUCUACACACUCGCCGCACACCCGGAUGAGGGUGCCGGGCUAUCUCCGGGCAUGAAGGACAACGCCGGCUUCACAAGUCCCAAGCACAACGUUACAAAGGUCGAUAUUGUCGCCGAGCCGACCGAAGGCAUGCAAGCCGGCCAACACGCUGUAGCAGUCGGACAGGGCACUGAUGGUGGUGCGGGGCUCGGCAACGCCGUUUUCCAGAGUGGAAGCAUCAUGUCCAUUUCCCUCAUCUCCGGUUUCUGGGCCCUUCGCGUCUACUUCGUCUUCAUUAUGCUGGCUUUUGCUCGCCAGUGCCUCCGUCAACACAUCGCUGCCAACGCCUCCUCCGCUGCAUGGUACAACUCGAACAACAUGCAAACGUCCGCAAACGACCUUGCCGAAAACCCAUUUGCAGAAGGCAAAGAAGAGGGCAGCGGCUGGAAGGGCAAACUCGGACGAGUCAUGCUCAGCGGCUCACCCAAAUACUGGCUUGGUGCUGAUGCUGGCGAGGGCGAGGACUGGAUGCGUAGCCUGGGCGGCAAAUUCAAGAAGAGCACACAGCUCGACCAACCCGUUGGUUUCAACGAGCGCGAACGGAGGCGGAGAGCUGGAACCGGUCCGCCAGUACCGCAGCUCAAGCUGAACCCUGAGCUGCCCAAAUAG